ACAUUUUACUCUGCUUUUGCGAAGGACUACAGAUUACUUCACCGGAGGUUUUCUGAGUUUCGCCAUUUGACUGGUUGAAUUUCGUGAGGACAACAAGAUUUGAUUCAUCGGAGUUGAAGUAAUGGCCGUUCCGACAGGAAGGCAGGGCGGAGACAGCCUGUUUCCGAGCACAUCUUCGAAUGAUGUAGAAGACUGGGGAGGAGGAACACGCCACUCUGUUGAUGCUACAAUCUGCGCGAUCUUCUAUGUGGCAAUAAUUGUUAUAUUCGCAAUGAUCAUCCUCCUGAUCGUGAAGCUUAUGAGGGACAUAGACGACGACGGCGAUCCGACAGCAACGACGGAGCAGACAGCAUUACUGCCUGCAGCAAAAGAAGAAAUUGAGUACAGCUGGUACGGCAGCGCCGGCGGCGGCGGGGAUUUAGAAUCCGGCGGUGGCAGUACGUCUUCAAUUACGUCAUCGGACGACGACUUGUACGACGCUAAGAUUUGUGUAAUAUGCUACGACGACCAACGGAGCUGCUUUUUUAUUCCCUGCGGUCACUGCAUCACGUGCCACUCAUGUGCCCACAGGAUUGUGACUGACGAAAACAAGAGCUGUCCCAUAUGCAGGACAGUUAUCAACAAUGUUACCAGGCUGCACAUUUUGUAAUUUUAUUUAUUUAUUUUUUAAUCCAAUAAUUUGGGAAUUUUCUUGUACAUAGGGUUUAUUUUUAUUAUUUUAAUUCCGGAGCUGUUAUUUAGUGUAACAGUUUGUAGAGAUGACAACAGAUUGGAUUGGGAGCAAUUUUUGCUGCAGGCUUAGAUUAAAAAAUUGUUUGCAAGACUUGAGACUGUUGGUUGGAUAGAUUUAGUAAAAUUAGUACAAAAUUAUAAAUGUAUAUAAAAUUAAUAUUAUUAAUAAUUUAAGUUAGGUAAAUUCAAUUUUGCAGCAAACCCCACCA